AUAUAUUUCCAGCUCAAGAAAGCCUCCAUCCAUUUAAGAGAUCCAUUUGGGGAAAAAGAAAAAUCAACAAAACCCCUUCUUCAUGUGAAGUUCCUCCAUCGUUUUCCACAGAAAUCUCAAAGAUUUCAACCCAUUUUAGAUACCACUCAAAGGCCCACAAAGUUUCUGGCCUUUUUCAUGCAAAUUUGAUCAUCUUCUUGAGCGACAAGUUGUAAAGAUGAUUGGAUUACCAGAAAAGAUGAACAGUUUUCUGAACAAUAGAUGGCUAGUGUUUGUGGCUUCGAUGUGGGUUCAAUCUUGCUCCGGGAUUGGGUAUCUGUACGGCAGCAUAUCUCCGGUGAUCAAGAGCACCAUGGGUUAUAAUCAAAGGCAGAUUGCUAUGUUGGGUGUGGCUAAAGAUAUCGGUGACGCUAUUGGGUUCGUCGCCGGCAGUUUGUGUGAAGUUGCUCCCAUUUGGGUGGUUCUCUUCAUCGGAGUUGCUCAGAAUUUCUUUGGUUAUGGUCUUGUUUGGCUCACCGUCAAUGGUACCUUGCCGGAGUUGCCUUUAUGGGUUCUAUGUAUUUGCAUAUUCGUCGGAACAAAUGGCGAAACCUACUUCAACACCGGAGCUCUUGUUUCCGGUGUCCAGAAUUUCCCCAAAAGCCGUGGUCCGGUGGUCGGAAUCCUCAAGGGUUUUGCCGGUUUGAGUGGUGCUAUAUUGACACAAGUUUACACCAUGUUCAAUUUCCCCGAUCAAGCCUCGAUCAUUUUCGUGGUGGCCGUUGGUCCAACAAUCGUGAUUUCCGCCUUAAUGUUCAUCGUUCGACCAGUUGGCGGCCAUAAACAAGCUAAGCAAUCCGAUGGCAUGAGUUUUUUAGCUCUUUAUGGUGUUUGCCUCAUUCUUGCUGCUUAUCUUUUGGCUGUUCUGAUCCUACAAGAUCUGGUCGAUUUGAAUCAGACCAUCCUCACCGUGCUCACAAUCGGACUCAUGAUUCUUGUCUUGCUUCCUGUUGCAAUUCCGAUCACAUUGGUGUUUUUCUCCCCCAAAUCCGAGUAUUCGACAGAAGAAAGCCUUCUUAGCGAGGAUCAGAGGCAAGAAUCGACUGAAAACGCAAAAACUGAAGUGAUUUUGAGUGAAGUUGAAGACGAGACUCCUAAUGGAGUCGAAUCGCUUCCUGCCGAUGAACGGGAAAAGAGAAUCUCCCAUUUGCAAGCUCGAUUGGUGCAAGCAGCAGCCGAUGGAGCGGUGAAGGUUAAGAAGAAGAAGGGUCCACGACGAGGGGAGGAUUUUACGUUGAUGCAGGCUUUGGUGAAGGCCGAUUUCUUGCUCAUGUUCUUUUCACUCGUUCUAGCCUCUGGUUCGGGUUUGACCAUUAUCGAUAAUCUUGGUCAAAUGUGUGAAUCUUUAGGCUACAAAAACCCUCAUAUCUUCGUUUCCAUGAUCAGCAUUUGGAACUUUCUUGGUCGUGUCGGUGGCGGAUAUUUCUCCGAGCUUGUUGUAAGGAAAUAUGCAUACCCAAGACCGGUGGCAAUGGCUGCAGUUCAAGUACUUAUGGCAUGUUCGCUUUUCUAUUACGCCAUGGCCGGACCUGGGGCAAUCUACGUUGUUUCGGUAGUAAUGGGAUCCUGUUAUGGGGCGCACUGGGCGGUCGUGCCCUCUGCUGCCUCGGAGUUAUUUGGGUUAAAGAGUUUUGGUGCACUCUACAACUUCCUUACGCUUGCUAGCCCGGCUGGCUCGCUAAUCUUCUCGGGUGUCAUUGCUAGCGGCAUUUACGACUAUGAAGCCAAGAAGCAGAGUACUCGAACCAAUCACACGCUCACGGAUGGCGAAGCACUCACUUGUUACGGCACCAUUUGCUAUUCCACCACUUGCGGGAUUUUGUCGGGACUUUGUCUCAUUGCCUUUAUGUUGAGUAUGACGGUCGUUUACAGGACUAAGAGAGUCUACACACAACUCUACGGGAACCAACGCACUUGAUUGCGUCUCCAGGUCUUCAAAGAUUCAACUUUUAAGACCUAUGAAAUGAAAUUUACUCGAUUCGUUUGGCUUGGUUUAUUUAGUUCCCACAAAGAUGGAGCUUUUUAGGACUAAUGCUAAAUGGUGGUGCCUUUCAUUCUUUUGUAGACUAAUAGAUAUUGUCUCUCAUGAUACAAAUUGUAUUUGUCUAAGGGACAAUGUGUAUCAACUUUUUCUCGUAAUAUAUUGGAUUCGUUUGAUUUGGGACA